GUGCUGUACGUAGAGCUGUAGCCUCCAAUCAGCGUACAGUUGUAUCGCUGCGGCUAACAUCGACCCCGGGAGAUCCUUGAGUUUCCCAACAUGAGUAGCUCAGAGGAAGUGUCGUGGAUUUCUUGGUUUUGUGGUCUACGGGGAAACGAGUUCUUCUGUGAGGUAGAUGAGGACUACAUUCAGGACAAGUUUAAUCUUACAGGACUCAAUGAGCAAGUUCCCCAUUACAGACAAGCCCUUGACAUGAUCCUGGAUCUGGAACCUGAUGAGGAGCUGGAGGACAACCCUAACCAGAGUGACCUGAUUGAGCAGGCUGCUGAGAUGCUGUAUGGACUGAUCCAUGCGCGCUAUAUCCUCACUAACCGUGGCAUUGCCCAGAUGCUGGAGAAGUACCAGCAGGGAGAUUUUGGCUAUUGUCCUCGUGUUUACUGUGAGAAUCAACCAAUGCUGCCCAUUGGGCUCUCUGACAUUCCUGGCGAGGCCAUGGUGAAGCUCUACUGCCCUAAGUGUAUGGAUGUGUACACACCCAAGUCGUCCAGGCACCAUCACACCGAUGGAGCCUAUUUUGGCACUGGUUUCCCCCACAUGCUCUUCAUGGUGCAUCCCGAGUACCGGCCAAAGAGGCCUGCCAACCAGUUUGUGCCCAGGCUCUAUGGUUUCAAGAUUCACCCAAUGGCUUACCAGCUACAGCUGCAGGCAGCCUCCAGCUUCAAGAGUCCCGUCAAAGCGAUCCGCUAAGAACCUGAGCAGGGCAGGGUGGGAUGGGAUGGGGUGGGUUGUGUGUCCGUCGGCAUGGCCUCACUCUUCUCCAACAAUUUUAGAUUCGACCAAGACUAAGGUUUAAAUAUGGAGAGAGUGAGACUAUAAAACACUCUGGGGAGAAACAAAAACCUUUCCUCUGAAACACUGUACAGAAAACGGGGUGUUCCUUCUGAAAACAAUUUCAGUUCUUAACCUCCACAUAGAAAAUAAAGUUAUAAUUAAAGAUAGAUACGUGUAGGAUGGCUCUGCUCACUCUCUGGUCCUGUUCGUUUUAGUUUCCUACGGUUAAGUAACGUUCACAUACAAGAGUGUCAUGAAUUGACUUGUCUUAUUAGUUCAUGAUGUGAUGUAUGGUUGAAUAUAAAAGUAGUAAGCCAAAUAUCUCUGCGCAACCAGAUAUUUGGCUUACUUUAAAACGGCUGUUGCAUGAAAAAGGCAGUAUAUUUUGGAUUUGUUUUAAGCUCUGAGUAAUAUAGCUGGGAUCGUCUGUGACUGUUCUUUGUUGACAGAAUGCAAGCUUUCAGUGCAUGUAUUAGAAAAGACCAGAAAUGGGAAGACACAAAUGCAUUCGGGAAACGGUCUCUGUCUUAUUUAGACAAAUGUUUUGUUUGAAUCAUCAGUCCUGCACUCCUCGUCAGAACGACGCCAACCUGCUAAGUUCCUCCGGUGUCAAGAUUACUUCAGAGAUUUUACUAGAUUUAACACAGAACCACAAUUAGGAAGUUUUUUUGUUUGGUAUGGGCCCAGGUUUUUCUUCUCUGGUUUACACCUCUCUACCAGAAGAAAUACUUUAAAGAGUAGAAUAUGUAAAUCAGUUGGAAUGCAUUGGAUGUUUUGUUUUAUUUAAUUUUUUUGUUGAUCCUGUUGAAUGUUUUUUUUUUCCUUUCGAGUGGUUGAGGAACCAGGGUUCAGAAUUCACAAUAAAUGUCUUUUCCUAA